AUGCCGGGGAAAGUCUCACCAAAGGAGCCCAUCGCAAUAGUGGGCAGCGCCUGCCGUUUUUCUGGAGACGCAAACUCGCCUUCAAAAUUAUGGGAGCUUCUGAAAGAGCCGCGAGAUGUCCGCCGCGAGAUCCCGGACUCGCGCUUCAGCGCUCAGGGAUUCCACCACCCUGACCAUUCUCACCAUGGACGUUCUAAUGUUACGCAUUCGUAUCUGCUAAAUGAGGAUCCGAAGGCCUUUGAUGCCGAAUUCUUUGGCAUCAACCCCAUAGAGGCACGGGCUAUGGAUCCGCAGCAGCGAUUGCUAAUGGAGACGGUCUACGAAGCCUUAGAAUCGGGCGGCAUGACGAUCGAGAGACGGAUGUGGGACAAGGAUGCCAAUGGAUAUGCCCGAGGAGAUGGUGUAGCCGCAAUCACUCUCAAGACCCUCAGCGCCGCUCUGGAAGACAAUGACCACAUCGAGUGCAUCAUACGAGAAACGGGGCUCAAUCAAGAUGGCGCAACUGCAGGACUAACCAUGCCUAGUGCUACGGCACAGAGGUCCUUGAUCAGAGCCACAUAUGCCAAGGCCGGGCUGGACAUUAAUUCUCCUGCAGGUCGUCCGCAAUAUUUCGAGGCUCAUGGCACUGGUACACCAGCAGGAGACCCAGUAGAAGCUGAAGCUGUCAGCAGUGCCUUCUUCGAUGGGGAGCGGCUGGGUAGCAAAUCAGAGACAAGCAGCAACCCUCUAUAUGUUGGCUCCAUCAAGACAGUGCUGGGCCACACAGAAGGGACCGCUGGCGUAGCCGCAAUCCUGAAGGCGUCCUUAGCCCUCCAGAAUUCCUGUAUUCCGCCCAACCUCUUGUUCAACAACAUCAACCCGUCUGUCGCGCCGUUCUAUGGGGAUCUCCAAAUCAUCAAAGAUGCUAGGCCCUGGCCCGUUGUCUUGGGUGGCCAACCGAGGAGGGCCAGCGUCAACAGUUUCGGGUUUGGUGGUGCCAAUGCCCACGCCAUUUUGGAAAGUUACGACAGCUCAACGAAUGACUCACGGGGUAGUUGUGGUGCCGACAGAACCCUCUUCACCCCGUUCGUCUUCUCCGCUGGCUCGUUAGAUUCCCUACGAGCCAACCUCAACGCAUAUGCAGCGUAUCUCGACGCACAUUCUGAAGUGGACAUCGGUGAUCUUGCCUACACUUUGCGCGAACGGCGCUCCGCCCUUCCACAUCGUGUGUCGCUCCCAGCGACAGCUUCACUGACGGAACUCGUAACUGCGAUCAGAACCAAGUUGGACGAGGGAGAAAAGACAAUCGGCGUGAGGACGCUGCCUGGAAAGGCCGCUGGUGCCCCUAAAAUUCUUGGGGUAUUCACCGGACAAGGUGCACAGUACGUACGCCAGGGAGCUGAACUUCUAGAGCAAUCCCCUUUUGCUCGACGCAUUAUCCAGACACUAGAGGCGGAUUUGGCCCGGCUGCCAGCAGAGGAUCGGCCAACCUGGUCGCUUGAGGCUGAGAUUCUUGCCGGGGCUUCAACUCCCUCGAGAAUUAACGAAGCAGCCAUCUCGCAGCCAUUAUGCACUGCAAUGCAGAUCGUCAUGGUUGAGCUCCUCAGAGAGGCAAAUAUCCAUUUGGCUGCCGUGGUGGGCCACUCCUCCGGCGAGAUCGCUGCCGCCUACAGUGCAGGCUUCCUGACCGCCCGCGACGCGAUAUAUAUCGCUUAUUACCGAGGUCUGCACUGCAGACACGCGGCAAGCCCCAAUGGACAAAUUAAGGGCGCCAUGCUGGCUGUCGGCACCUCUAUGGAAGAUGCCCUCCAACUUUGUGAGGAUGAGGAGUUCGCAGGCCGCAUCAACCUGGCUGCUAGCAACUCAAGCUCGAGCGUGACGAUAUCCGGAGACGAGGAUGCGAUUGAGGAGCUGGAAUUUAUUCUUGAGGACGAGAAGAAAUUCCACAGGCGCUUGAGGGUGGACAUGGCGUACCAUUCCCAACACAUGGAGCCUUGUUCGGGUCCCUACAUCGACUCGCUGCGGCGUGCAGGCGUCAAGGCACGGUCCCCUCCAUCUUCUUCGUCACCAUGCACCUGGUAUUCCAGCGUCAAUGAUGGAAAGCCUGUUGAGCUAUCUUCAGCGUUAAGCGACAUCUACUGGGCAGAAAACAUGACGAAGCCGUGGAAACACGAUACUUCACACUGGCACGAGUCCAGGAGAUCUCGGCGGAUUCGCUCGAGAAAGGAGCCCUUCCAUCCUCUUCUGGGAGACAAAUCUCCUGACAGCGCUGGUCAUGUUCUGCGAUGGAAGAACAUACUCAAGCCGAGCAAGAUCCCGUGGCUUGAGGGCCAUCAGGUCCAGGGGCAGAUUGUGUUCCCGGCUUCUGCAUACCUCAGCACGGCAGUGGAGGCGGCAUUGUCUCUAGCUGGUGGCAAAACCAUCAAGCUCAUUGAGCUGAGCAACUUCACCAUUCACCAAGGCCUCGGAUUUGAGAACCGAGAUGCUGGCAUUGAGGUACAGAUAGAGUUGACACGAAUUUCACAGCUCAAGCCAGACCAUCUCACCGCAUAUUUCACAUAUUCGGCCGCGACUGGAGGGGUUGAAGACUCAGAGCUCACGCUGAUAGCCGACGGAGAGCUGACAAUUCGUCUUGGUGACGCCUCACUCAGCGUACUUCCUGCCCGUCGGCCAACAGCACCACACCUUUUGACUGUCGACCCCGUACGUUUGUACAAUUUUAUGGAGGGCUUGGAAUACAACUUCAGCGGACCCUUCCUGUCCCUGGUUGAACUCAGGAGGAAGCUAGGCAUAGCUUCUUGCGUUGCCAAGAAGGCCAAGGCAUCAUCACAGCCCGAUGCCGACUCCCUGCUCAUCCAUCCUGUCGAGUUGGAUGCUGCUAUUCAGUCGGUCAGCCUUGCGUAUAGCUAUCCUGGUGACGAGCAAUUGAGACUCCUCCAUAUGCCAACGACAAUUGCCAAGAUCAGGGUUAAUCCGGCAGUGCUGACCCUCCAACAGAAGCAACAGGCUGCAGCCGAUGACAACACUGUUGGCAUUGACUCAACAUGCAACCGUGAUCGCCGAGCACAACCUGGAUCAGGAUUCUCUGGAAACUUCAACAUCUACACCAACGGCUGUGCCAACGCCGCCAUACAAGUUGACCAGGUCAAGUUCCAACCAGUCAGGUCGUCAGCCAGCGACGAUCGCAACGUCUUCUACAAGAUGCAAUACGUGCCGUGCGAGCCAGACGGCACACUCGCUGCUGCCGACAUCCCCAUCACGAAGUCCGACACCGACCUGCUGUGGGCAUUUAGUAGAAUUGUCUGCUACUAUCUGCGGGAGUUUGACAGGGUCCCAGAAAAUUCCCCGAUAAGGUCGGAUGGCACCCUCAAGCACUAUCUCAGAUACGCCAGGCACAUGACCGACCUCCUCAAAAAGGGCGGGCAUAGAUACGGAAAGGUGGAGUGGCUCAAUGACAAGCUUGAGGACAUCAUGGCGGAGGUUGAGUCAAAGGGACUCGCCGAGAAUCCGGUCGUCAAGAUUAUGCUGCUUGUAGGCAACACCAUGCCCAAGGUCUUCAGAGGAGAGACUACUAUGCUAGAGCACUUCCGCACAUCUGGUCUUCUGGACGAGUACUACGCGAAAGGCUUUGGCACUGCUCAGUCGACCAUGUGGCUUAGUAACAUCGUGAAACAAAUCACUGAUCGUCGCCCCCACCUGAAUCUUCUCGAAAUUGGUGCUGGAACCGGAGGUGCCACGAAGCAGAUUCUUCGCACAAUUGAUCGCAGCUUCAACUCAUACACCUUCACAGACAUAUCAUCGAGCUUCUUCGAGAAUGCUGCUGAGAAUCUCGCGCAGUGGAGAGACCGUAUGUUAUUCAAAGUCUGCGACGCCGAACAGAAUCCUGUCGACCAAGGCUUUGUCGAAGGGCAGUACGAUGUGGUGAUAGCCUUCCUAGUUGUGCAUGCCACGGCGAAACUAGACGAGACCAUGCGUAACCUCCGCAAGCUGCUCAAGCCUGGCGGUUUCUUGCUCAUCGGUGAGGGCAAUAGCGAAGGCCCGAUGCAAGCUGGCGCCAGUUACAUAUUUGGCCCGCUGCCCGGAUGGUGGCGCGGAGUUGAUGAAGGCCGGUCCCUCACGCCCUUCAUAAAUGUUGACGAGUGGCACGCGAUCUUGAAGCGCACCGGCUUCUCCGGAAUCGACACAAUUUCGCCUCAGAAACUGCUAGACACCUUUGGCACAAUCCUAUUCGUUUCUCAGGCGACAGAUGAGCGCAUAGAAUCCAUCCGAGCGCCACUCAAGUCUCCUCCAAUCAGCUCUUUGGCGGAAAAUCACCUGGCCAUCGUGGGUGGGAAGACACCUGAGAUUUCUGCUGUCGCUGAGCAAAUCGGCAAAAUUCUCGAGCCUCUUUUCAGUCAGACACAGAUUUACGCCACUCUCGAGGAGCUAGAGCACGUUGUUCUUGAUGAUCGACUGUCCGUCAUCAGCUUGACAGAGCUCGAGCAUCCUGUGUUCAAGAACAUCACGCCUGAAAGAUGGUCAGGAUUUAAAAGGCUGUUCGUGGGUGAGAAGACUGUGCUCUGGCUCACGAGUGGCCGUCUCGAGGAGGAACCCUAUGCCAACAUGACCGUUGGCUUUGGCCGCUCCGCUGUGCAUGAAGAGGAAGAUCUGGUCCUCCAACUGUUGGACAUUCCUCAUCGGAAGCACGUCGACGCCUUUAACAUAGCAGAGACCUUCGCGCGCCUCGCAGCAAAGCAUCCAUCUGACAAGGAGAUCCUCUACACGAUGGAGCCAGAAGUCGUCGCAGAUGCGGAAGGUCGCCAACUGGUUCCUCGACUGUGCUCCAUCCAGGGCGCAAACGAUCGGUUGAAUUCCGUCCAGCGCACGAUAGUCCACCAUCUUGACGCGAAGAAUACAGAGGUUGAGCUUCAAUGGGACCAUGAUAGCUACAGCAUCCGGCAACUGUCUAGGUUCGAGGCCUUGAAGUUGGCUGAACAGUCUCGAAUCAUCGAGCUCCGUGCCACGAAAACCAUGUUGUCAGCUAUAAGGACACCAGCUGGUCAGAUGUUCCUCGCCAUGGGCAUUGAUACCAGUGGGUUGCGGUACAUCACAUUCGCAUCAUCUCUCACAUCGGUUAUCAAGGUUCCACAAGAGCUGGCUAUCCCUAUUUCCGCAACUACCCUAACGGACGACGAUAUCCUCAUGCUCACAGCAGCCCAACUUGUUGGGACUGCUGUUGUGGACUCCUUGCUCCCCGGCCAGAAGAUGAUCCUUCACGAUGCUCCCAGAGUACUGGCCCAGGCUAUUGAGUCGAAGGCUCUGUCUAAGGGCGUACAUGUUGUCUUUACGACGGAUGAGACUGACGAGGAACAGUUGCCGGAUUAUUGGAUCCAGCUUGCUCCCAAUUUGGGGUCUUCGGAUCUCGUUCAAUUAAUUCCCACAGAUGCUGCUUCAUUUGUUAGCUUCUCGAGGGAAGAUUCCGACCAGCACACUAUAUCAUCUGUGUUGUCGCCUUAUUGCCGGAAGGAAAACACGCACACCUUGUUCUCUCACACCGGAACGGAGUAUGACCGACAGUCUCGCUCAAUCCUCGUAGGGUUGCUCAAAUCAACAGUCAACAAUAUCCAAAACCAGUCCCAUGAGCAUGUUGCACAGACUGUCAGCCUGGAGUCUUUUGCCCGCGGCAAGUGCCCUGAGGGGCCAUUGUCUGUAGUAGACUGGACAUCCUCGUCAGCUCAUCUCCCUGCACGAGUCACCAGAUUCGACACGAGACCGCUGUUCAGAGGUGACAGAACCUACUGGAUAUGUGGUCUCUCUGGGGCCUUAGGUAUUUCGCUCUGCGACUGGAUGAUCGGUCGGGGAGUGAGGCACCUGGUCUUGACCAGCAGGAACCCAAGAAUCGACCCGGCUUGGGUCGAAGACCACAAACGUCACGGUGCAAAUGUUGAAAUAUUUUGCUGCGACGUGACAGACGAAGCAGCUCUCCAGGCCGUUCACCGCAAGAUCACCGCCUCACUCCCUCCUAUUGCCGGCGUCCUAAACGGUGCCAUGGUUCUGAGGGAUGUUUCAGUCCGCAACAUGGCGUUUGACCAAGUCACAGACGUUGUUGGGCCCAAGGUGCUCGGAAGUAUUCACCUUGAUCGCAUUUUCCACGAGACGAAACUCGACUUCUUCAUCCUUCUCUCCUCCAUCAACUGCAUCAUUGGAAACGUUGGCCAGGCAAAUUACGCCGCAGCCAAUAUGGGCAUGUGUGGGCUGGCUGCUCACCGCCGUAAACGUGGUCUCGCCGCAACGGCCAUCAAUGUUGGUGCUGUUAUUGGGGCCGGCUAUAUUACCGAGUCUGAUCGCCAACUCGAUGCGGUGGUUGCAAAGAUGGCCAUGAUCCACCUAUCAGAGGAUGACUUCCAUCAGAUCUUUGCUGAAGCUAUAGAGGCCGGUCACGUCGAUUCACCCGACGGACCAGAGAUAUCGACCGGGCUUCUAGAUAUCUCGGCUGAUUCGAUCAAUAUCCCUAAGUGGUACUCGGAUCCGAAAUUCUCUCGAUUCAUUGUCCACAAGUCAACCAGCAGCGGAGACCAGAAGAGGCAGACCAAGGCUGCGUCUAUUCAAGAACGUCUUUUGGCGUGCCACUCAGAGGAAGACGUCCUCCAUGUCGUCAAAGUGAGCCUGGCUGCUCAGCUGCGCACAAUUCUACAACUAUCGACAGCUGAUGACGAUCUCAUGUCGAUGCGCAGUGUCGACCUCGGACUGGAUUCACUAGUCUCAGUCGACAUCCGGUCAUGGUUCUUGAAGAACUUCGAAGUCAGCAUUCCAGUGCUAAAGAUCAUGGCGAACGACGUAUCCAUGGCGACUCUUGCCGAGCUCGCUGCUGAAGGAGUUCCUGCUGAGAUGACCCCCCAUGUCGGGAGGCAAGGACAAUCUCAAAACGCAGACGACAAUGGCUCGACGAGCGACGACGGCCCCAGCACUCCGGAAAACGAAACAAUUUCAACAGCUUCUUCAUCCGACACCGGCGUGACUACGCCGACCAGUUCCACGGAAGUUAAAGACCUGUCAGCCGUUACUUCUGUCAGAAACGGCAUCGACUGGGACGCCGAGGUACAAUUGCCCGAGCCUGAUCGCUUCUCGGGCUUGGGUGUUGGCAGCACUCCCAGUGCUAAGCCAGCUAUAGUCCUCCUCACUGGAUCGAGCGGACUUCUUGGCCAUCACCUGCUCGACAGGUUGGCAUCAGAGCCCUCAAUACUCAAGAUCAUUUGUGUGGCUGUCCGCCGUCUCUCGGAAAGACUUGAAAGCGGCCAACUCCCACAGCCUGAUGGCCGAAUCGUCUAUUAUGAGGGCGACUUGCGCCUGCCUCGCCUGGGUCUCACAGAAGAGAGAGCUUCAGAAAUCUUUGCGGAAGUCGACGCAGUGAUCCACAACGGGUCGGACACCUCGCAUCUCAAGUACUACUCGGCCGUGCGAGAUUGCAACGUCGAAUCGACCCGCGAGCUGGUUCGUCUGUGCCUACCUCGAAAGGUCCCCUUGCACUACGUGUCCUCGGUGGGCGUUUGCUUGCUAGCCGGCAGACAGACCUUCCCCGAAGUCUCGGCCACCGCGAGCGGCAUCAAACCCCCGGCCGAUGGUGCACACGGCUACAUGUGCAGCAAAUGGGUCUGCGAACACCUCCUCGAGGGGGUCAGCGCGGCUCACGGCUUGCGGAUCUCUAUCAACCGACCCUCGACGAUCGUGCGGCAGGGCAGCGAUGCCACGACGGCGGAGGCGGAGUUUGAUUGGGUGAAUGCGUUGCUGCACUAUUCCCACCGGAUCAGGGCUGUGCCCAGGGCCGAGCACAACCAGGGCGCCUUCGACCUCGUUUACAUCCGGAGUGUUUGCGACGACAUCAUACAGGGGCUUUUCCGCAGCGAUCAUGGCAACAAGCUCACAUAUGUGAACAACGUUGGAGAUGUUGUCAUUCCCAUGAGCAAGUUGGCUGAGAUCGGGAAGACGGUAGCCAAUGGAGAACUGUACCGGACGCUUCGUUUUGACCAAUGGGCGGACGAGGCCAUCAAGGCAGGUUUGCAGCCGGCAGUUGCCGCUCUGAUUGAGACUUUUGACGAGCCAAAUACAGUGUGGCCGGCCCUUGCAAGGGGAAAGGGAUCCUAG